AUGCAAGCAAUCCUGACUUAUGCGUUCUCGGUUUUCUUGGCUCCUAAGGGCAUUAUUGAGGAAAUCCAAUCACAAAUGAGCUGUAUGUGGUGGAACAACAAUGACAAAGCUAGGGGCUGGGCUAUGAUGGCUUGGGAUAAAAUGUGCUAUCCUAAGGGUAUGGGAGGUAUGGGCUUUAGGGACUUACAGCUUUUCAAUUUGGCUCUGCUGGGCAGACAGGUUUGGAGGCUCAUGACUCAUACGGAUACUCUGUGCUUCAAAGUUUUAAGUCCCAAGUAUUUCCCGGAGGGUGACGUGUUUAGUUAUAAACAGGGUGAUAAACCCUCCUUCACUUGGACUAGCAUUGCUAAGGCGGUGGAUGCCCUCAAGGAUGGUUUUCUAUGGCAAGUGGGUGAUGGCAACAGGAUUGACAUUAGGAAGGACCAUUGGGGGGUUGAUGGCAUUCGAGGAGAUUCGGUGUGUCGGUCUUAUUUCAAUCAUAACGAGAGGUUGGUCAAAGAUUUGUGGGUCUCGAAUAACAAGCGGUGGAAUAGGGAAAGGGUUAUAGAGAUUUAUGGUGAGAAUUUGGGGGAGUGUAUAUGUAAAUUGCCCAUUUCUCAUAAUGGCAUUAAAGAUACAAGGGUGUGGAUGCAAAACCCGCAUGGUAUUUACUUGGCUAAGUCAGCUUAUUCUUGGCUUCUUCUUAAGAAAAUUGGCUUCGGUCCUCAUAGAAUUUUUUGGCGUACUUUAUGGAAGCUUCAGAUGCUCCCCAAGAUUAAGAUUUUUAGUUGGCGGAUCGACUACAAUAUCCUCCCCACGUUCGACAAUAUUGCUCGGAUCUGA